AUGACUGGCUCAACCCAACUGUUAAACUUGCCCUAUACAUAUUAUAUUAUUGUCUUUCAUGCAGAGUGGAAAGACCUGAAGAGUAAAUUAACUUUUCAUAUAUUUCUUUGCAGAGAUGGCGCCUCAUCUUCAUUUCAUUGUGCUUUGUUUGGCCAGUGGAUUGUGGAUCUCAGGGAUUAUGAUUGUGAAGAGCCUUGCCCUCCUGGUUGGAUUCUUUUUGACGCCCGCUGUUUCCUGUUCCAGCCUAGUAGAAAGGCCUGGGCAGACGCAGAGCAUCACUGCACUUCUCUUGGUGGAAAUCUGGCCUCAAUCCAAACUUCGGAGGAGUACACCUUCAUCAGAGACAUGAUUAAAAAAACAACAAAAUCACAUAAAGAGACUUGGGUUGAAGGCUAUGAUGCCCCGAAGGAGGGUGUGUGGCUGUGGAGUGAUGGUUCACAGUUUGUGUUUACUGACUGGGCUAGAGGAGAGCCGAACAAUCGCUGGGGAGAAGAUUGUAUGGAGAUUAACUUUAGAGGGAGAGAUUACAUCAAUGAUGCAGAUUGUCGCCUUGAGAAAUGUUUAGUUUGUGCCAUGGAUCCAUAACAGACCUCUCCAUCUGCCAACAAAUCCUCAGCGUCAUCUUCCACCAGGAUGCCAAGCCUCGAUGGCGUCACUGCUGGAGGAUAUUUUGACCAAUUUUACUCAA